ACCAAACAAAACAAAAAAGUUUGUUCCCUUUUUAAAACAAAACAAAUGUGCCAUGUCCUAAAAGUCCACAUUUGGUACAAUCUUUUUCCCCAAAUUUGCGGGAGAAUAAAUAGCGCCUUCCAAUCCCCCCACCCCCCCAAUCUCACCAUUUCAUUCUCUCUUCUUCCCUUUUUUUUCUUUCCCCUAUUUCCAUGGCCAAAAAAAUUUACCCCCAGACCCCAUCAUCUUCUUCUUCUUCAUCUUCUUCGUAUAUCACUUCGAAGCGCGAGAGAUUUACAGUGUGGAUGAAGUCGCUGGUCUUCCAUGGAAAUGGAUGCACGGUGUUCGAUUCCAAUGGCGACAUCGUCUACAGGAUCGAUAACUAUAACAGAAAAUGCAGCAGAGAAGUUCAUCUCAUGGAUCUCCAUGGCCGAGUCCUCUUCUCCAUUAGACAAAAGAAAUUGUCAGUUUUUGGAGGAUGGAACGGGUACAGAUGCUGCAACAGCGAAGCCAUUGAUGAAGAAGUUCUAUGCUUUCGGGUUCGGAGAAUUCGGAAUUCUUUCUGGGGACAUUCGAAGCACUACUCCGUUCAUCUUGCUUCUCUUCAACCCGAAGACAACUGUUAUCAGAUCGUUCACUUGCCCGGAAAAUCCGCCUUCAAGAUUGUCAACAACAGAUCCACACUCUUAGCAGAGGUGAACCAAAAGCAGGACAAAUCCGGAGUUGUUUUGGGAGAUGAUGUGUUGAGUUUGAUGGUGGAACCUCAAGUUGAUCAUUCUUUAGUUAUGGCUCUAGUUACAGUCUAUGGUUUGAUCAACCAAAAACUAUGAUACCAUUUUGUGUUUCUAUAUUUA